ACACACACUGGCUGCGAACAGGAAGGAGGUUGACGUGUUUUCCGCAGGCUUAAACCGGGGAAAGUUGUUUCCUGAAGUCCUGUGUUGACCAUUUCCACACCAAACCCCUGCACUCGUUCAAAAAUGACUAAUAUAGAUUUUCGGGACUUUUGAACGCUUUGUUUUUGUCGCCGAUGCCACCAAGCCUCGGAUGGAGCUGCCUGACGGGAAGAUGAGCUCCGUCAAGGAAGACUCAGAGGCGAGCCUGCGAGCCCAGCUAGCUGAGAGCCAAGCUCAGGUCGAGCACUGGCAGGGCGUGGCCACAAUCUGUGAGCUGAGCAAACAGGAGGAACUGGCAGAGCUGCAGAAACAAUGUGAUCAGGAGAUCCAGUCACUGCAGGAGGCUCUCAGAGAGACAGCAGCUCAGUAUGAAGCCAGGAUAGCUGUGCUGCAGACUCAGCCCGUGGACUGGAGGAGAUCCAGUGGACACAACAUGAUCAGUAACAGGAAAGGCAGGACGGAUCCGGAAGCCUCCACGAAUGAAUCCCCAACCUCAUUCGUCAACAGCUCGACAGAGGACGAAACGUCGACGGACAGGAGGCAGCGUCGACCAGCAGACCUGGAGGCAGAGGGGGAAGGGGCCACGCAUUCGGCCGAGGCAUACUUUUCACUACAGCACUGCGACUCGGCCUCACUGUCCUCCUUUUCUCUGGACACGCCCUCUCUGCCCAGAAAACUCCUCGGUCAGGAGGACACCGAGUCGCUGGUUUCUACAGGAACUCUGGUACCUGAAGCCAUUUACCUGCCGCCGGCUGGGCACCGGCUCGUAACGCACAGCGACUGGGAUGCUCUCAACGCACAGUUGUCCGAGCUGCGAGGAGAAGUGAGCCGGCUGCAGGCGGAGAAGGAAGAGCUGGAGAGGGAACUGGACACACAGACAAACCACACACACCAGCAGGUGUCCAUGCUCCAGUCUCAGGUCCAGGCUUCAGAGGCCCUCCUUCAGGACUUGCAGAAGUCUUUCAGCCAGUCACAGAACGCAGUCCAGAGCCGGCUGGCAGAGCUGUCUCUGUCUCAGCGGAAAAUGUGCAGCGAUUUGUCCAAACUGAAAGGAGAAGAGGUUGAAGAGGACGUAGCAGACACCAGCUCAUCAUUCUCAGCCACGCUGCAUGGGGCGCACUGUGAGGAGCGCCUUCGCAUCGAGAUCGUCAACCUGAGGGAGCAGCUGGACUCGCGGACGGAGGAGAACGAAGUCUUAGAGGUGCAGCUUUCCUCUCUCAGGACGGAGAUGGAGAAGAUCCAGUCUGAGCUGCUGGCCUGUCGCACUGAGCUGGACGGCCUGCGGGUGGCGCUCACUCACCUACAGAACACCAACAAAUCCCUCAGCAGCGAAAAAGCAGCUCUAAAUCAAAAGUGUCUGGACCUGCGGAGCCAAGUGAUCAGUCUGCGCUCUCAGCUCGACACCAGCCAGACUGUCCAGAGAGACUUCGUCCAGCUUUCCCAAUCACUUCAGGUGAAGAUGGAGUUGGUUCGGCAGGCGGAGAGUCUGGAACAGGUUCAGGCCAUCCUGGAGGGCCGUGCCAGUGAAGCAGAGUCUCAGCCUGCUGAAGCCUCGUGAGUUUUAGGAACCAAAGACCAAAAAAACAAACAAACAACCCGAAGGGGACCGAAACCGAAAUCCCGACACAGUGGAGUGACCACUGGAGUCUUGGCUUCCGGUGGUGCUGGAGUUUGUAUUCUGACACUGGAACUGCUCUCGUUUUAUCUCAAUGGAAGAAACUGUUGCUCCUUCAGAGCUUUUGGGUUUGGGUUCUGUGGGAAUGUUGCAAACAAUUAGCGUCUUACCUGUUGUAGACAGCUCUUUUUUAAAAUCAUUCCAUUCUGACCGGAUUGAUGAGCUGACAGCCAGCUGGAGCCAAGAGCAAAGCUGAUUACUCCCACAUUAUAGCAACUUUUGCACUGCCGUCAAUUUACGUGAUGGAAAUAUUCAUGCUGGAAGUGACUCCAGGCUGCACAGGAAGUGCUACAGCUAGCUGCUACUGUUUAAAAAGAAGAGACGUUUUAGAACUGCAGCAAUCCACUUUGUUCUGAAAGCGUUAUCUGCAACAGGUGAGAUAAUUAUUGUUCAUAACCUUCCCUCAGAACCCCACUUCUAAAGCUCUGAGCUUUUCCUUUAGUGACCAAAGUAAUCCUUGAGUUAUUGUAGUUUUCUCAAAAUGUAUUUUGUAUUAUACCUGCAAUACUCUCUGUACAGUACUAAUGUAAGCAUAGUUUGUUUAUGUAACUGACAUGAUUCCAGUAAAACACUCGACUGCUCAACACUCAAA